AUGCGUAUUCUGUUGGACAACCAUGAGCCAAGGGGUGGUAGCUCCGUAGCAUCGAACGGGGAACGAUCGCUGGGGGAAAGCAGUGGUUCCACUCUGACAUACGUUAGUUCGAAGCGCACCCAAGCUAUGAAACGAAUGGCCCAAAUGAAUGAAGCGGAUAAAAAUAUGGACGCUGUACAAAAGGACGGAUCGACGGAAUUACGCAACUUCUUUUAUACUGUAAAGAAGACGCAGACCGACGAGCCGAGAGCGAUAAGAAAAUACGAAGAGAGGAGAGAUACGAGCAAGAGGUAG